CAAGUGAGCGCUCUCAAUACACAGAACUACAAGUCCCGGGAUGCACUGCGGCGGAAGAGGGCGGAGCCACUAUCGGCUUUCUGACAGACGCUUUCAGGAAGUGCUCGAGGAGGAUCCAGCCUCUCGUGUGUGCGUUCAGACGCUGAAAUCAGCUUCCGGCAGACGCGUGUGGCUUCUGAGCGCGAGCACAAUAGAGCAAAACACACAGGAAGAGAGACGAGGAAGUCACUGCAGAAGCAGAGGAGCAUGACGGAGUUCUGGGUGUGUUUCAGCUGCUGCAUCGCUGAACAGCCGCAACCCAAGCGGAGGCGGAGGAUAGAUCGCACUAUGAUCGGAGAACCCACAAACUUCGUUCACAUGACACACGUGGGCUCAGGAGACAUGGGCCGUGGAGCUGUGGACUCGGUGCAGACGCAGAUGAAAUCUAAAGGCGGUUACGAGAACGGCACGGCGGACAGCGUUCAGGGCUGAUCAGGUGACCAGAAGCAUCUCCAGCACACAGACAGAGCUAGCUUAAGCUCCUGGGACCCAGGGAUGAACAUCUCAGGAAGAUGUAGAGAGGUUUUGGUUUCAUUCAUGAGCGCUGUAGAGGACAGCAGGACUAAAAGAGUGUUUAUUAGGCAUUCUGGGAGACGCAACAAGCUAU